AUGCUUCUUGCCAUAUUCAUGACUAUAUGGGCAUUGUUUACUGCCAUGAUAUGGGGUCUUGCAAUUCACCAAAGGGAUUCGGAGUCGGGGGAUAGUCGGGUGGAAGUCCGUUCUAGCACGUCAACCCCUCCGUGUUGCAAACCCACCGAGCUUGUUAUGAGGCAUGAAUCGAACAAAAGAUGGGACCGACGUCUUCGCAGACCGCACCAUGCGCACCACCCUCAUCGGCCAAACCAAGCGAUCUCAAGCCUAUAA